UGUAAAGAACACGGUUGAAACGGUGUCGUGCCAGUUUUGCACAUUUCUCCAAAAGUUAACUCCUUCUUACAGAGCCUCCAAACCAAGUACGUCUGUAUUCAUUUAAUGUGUUUUCUCUCAAUUUUAAACCUCGUUUAUGUUGGACCCAGGUUGGACCCCAGCUUUCCUACAGUCUGAGACUGCAGAUUUCAUACAGAAACCAGAUGUUCCCGGGUUUGGCAGUGGCGCUAUAUAAUUGCUUUGGUGACUUUAAUCUGUCGUGAGCCUGCUGAUGAGAUGGGAUGGAAUGAGUGUCAUGGACUAAAGGGAAAACCCCUCACAUACUGCAGGAGAAACAUCAAGACUGCAGAGUGUUGGGUUACGGAGAAUAAAUCGUCAGGACCUCAGGGUCAUAACUGUUCCCUGUCAUUAUGUUCACUCAAUGAAUGGAAACAAUCCGGUUGGAAAACAUCCGGAAAAACUUUGCAUGGAUGAUCAGUAUUAUGAAAUCCUCCCAGGAUGCUGUGUGGCGCUUUCUGAUCUCAGAUCCUGAGGGAGAGGAAAAUAAAGAUAAAUGGGAAAAGAGUGGUACAUAAAAUGAGAGGGAAAUAGGUUCAGUGGGACACAAUGAGGAGAAUUCAUAUAAAAGAUGUUCUGUGCAUCCUGCUCAUGCUGGGGCUACUCUGUCUGAUGUUGUAUGCCCAUCAAGGCUUCAAUUCCACCUGGGACACCUGGCAGUUAGAGCAGGGCUGUACAAGCUCACAAGCUCUUUUAGGGCCCCCACCAGAGAGCCAUGUAACUAAACGGGUCCCUUCUACGCCCCCAGACAAGACAAAGUGCCAGUCUCCGCAUCAGUCCCAUUCUAAGUCUCAGACAUACCCCAAGUCUAAACUUCAGUCUAAAUCCAAAUCUAAGUCAAAGAAAGAUGAGGGGACAAAGGCUGUUCCGGUUUCACCCACACGACCACCUUUUGACUGAGGUUACCUGAGGGAUAAGGACAACCGGGACUUCAGACUGCUGAUGGACCAGCUAGGGAAGUGCUCAGGCGAGCCCUACAUGCUCAUUGCUAUCAAGUCAGUAGUGGCAGACUUUGAAAGGAGACAGGUAGUGCGGCACACCUGGGGAAGAGAGGGUGUUCUCCAGGAUGGGCAGACAGUAAAGACUGUAUUCCUCCUUGGGGUACCCAGGAACAAGACCGCCCUGCCUUUCUGGGACCGGCUCCUUGCCUACGAGAGCCACACCUUUGGGGACAUUCUCCUCUGGGACUUUGAUGACACAUUUUUCAACUUGACACUUAAAGAGACCCACUUCCUCCAGUGGGUGAAUGACAGCUGCUCCAAUGUCCAGUUCAUCUUCAAAGGUGACGCUGAUGUCUAUGUGAAUAUUGAGAACAUUCUGGAGAUGGUGAAGGGUCAGAAGCCUGAUAAGGACCUCUUUGUGGGUGAUAUAAUCCACCACGCCCGCCCCAUCCGCCGGCGCAGCAGCAAGUACUUUGUGCCUGAGUUUGUGUACGGCCAGACGAUAUAUCCGUCAUAUGCUGGAGGGGGAGGCUUUGUGAUGUCUGGUUACACCGCCAGGCGGCUGAGUGAAGCGUGUCAGCAGGUAGAACUAUUCCCUAUGGACGAUGUGUUCUUAGGCAUGUGCUUACAGAGAAUUGGAGUGAAACCGUCACACCAUGAGGGUUUUCGUACGUUUGGUAUUGUGCGCCCCUCUGCUGCUCCCCACCUCCAGGUGUUUGACCCUUGUUUCUACAGGGAGCUGAUGGUGGUACACAGCCUGACAGUGCCACAGAUCUGGCUCAUGUGGAACCUGCUGCAUGACCCCCAACUGAGCUGUCACAGUAACCCGACCCCCACCCUGUGGCCCUUCAAGUGGAGGGGCAAGGUACUCGGGACAACAGGACAAAAGGACUCAGAGACUACAGUGGAACAGGACUAUGAUGUUACAGUGUUUGUAAAGCAUUGAGGGGUUUGGUUUAAGUUGAUCAGAGGGACUACACUGUGAAAGCCAUUGGGAUAUGGAAGCUGUGAUUGAAUGUUUGCUAGUUAUUCUGAGGUUUUUGCUUAAAAGUUUACAGCCAAUGUAAAUGUACUCCUUUUCUAAGAAAAAAAACAUGUUAUCUUUUUCAUUAACAUCCUGGAUGUAAAACCAGUCUGUAUACUGGUGGUAAUGUUUAAAAUAUCCCUGCUCCAUUUAGGUACAGUAUGACUGAAUUCAUUUUUGUAUUUUAUUGCACAGAGCCUCAGUAAGGUCAAUAUUGACUGAAGCAUGUGCCAGGUUGAUUUUGUGAAAUUGAAUGUACAUUACAGUGUUGUCAAUUAUGAAUCGUUGUGUGUGAUAACACAUCAUAUUACACCUGUACGUAGACUUGAAAGGGAAGUUAGGGGAGGCAAAGCUCAAUGCAUCAACUGUAUAGGACACAUUACUGUACUUUAUACUCCUCUGUAAACUGGUCAUCUCUGUACACCUGUCGCAAUACCCACUGGUUGAUGCUUAUUUAUAAAACCCUCUUAGGCCUCACUCCCCCCUCCACAUACAACACCCGUUCUGCCAGUCACAUUCUGUUAAAGGUCACCAAAGCAAAUACAUCCCUGGUUCGCUCCUCUUUUCAGUUCGCUGCAGCUAGCGACAGGAACGAGCUGCAACAAACACUCAAACUGGACAGUUUUAUCUCAAUCUAUUCAUUCAACGACUCAAUCAUGGACACCCUUGCUGACAGUUG